AUGGCUGUCGCUAGACCUGAUCUUGUCAUGAAGGCCAUUAUUCCCGUGGUUAUGGCUGGUAUCGUCGCGAUUUAUGGACUAGUAGUUGCCGUCAUAGUUUCUGGAAAAGUCGCUCCCGCAGGACCAGAAUACACCGUGAAUCAGGGUUUUGCUCAAUUUGGUGGAGGUCUCGUCUGCGGACUCUGUGGUCUUGGUGCCGGUUACGCAAUUGGAAUUGCUGGAGACGCGGGAGUGAGAGCCCUCUCACAACAGCCGCGGAUCUUCGUCGGUAUGAUCCUCAUGUUGAUUUUCGCCGAGGUCCUCGGUCUAUACGGUAUGAUUGUCGCGAUGUCGUACGAUCUACUCACCGCAGAAUCACCCGCGUAUGCUCCUUUCUUCGGGUACAUGGGAGCAGCCUCGGCUCAGAUCUUCACUGUCCUGGGAGCCGCCUAUGGCACAGCCAAGUCAGCAGUUGGCAUCUGCUCCAUGGGAGUGAUGCGACCAGAAUUGAUCAUGAAAUCCGUAAUCCCAGUCAUUAUGGCUGGUAUCAUUGGUAUUUACGGUUUGGUAGUGGCUAUGGUGUUGAAAGGAAAAGUCACCGCGAGCAGUGAUGGCUACAAUCUCAAUAAGGGAUUUGCUCAUUUGGCAGCUGGUCUUACGUGUGGACUAUGCGGUCUUGGAGCCGGAUACGCUAUCGGGAUUGUUGGUGACGCAGGAGUACGCGGAACAGCUCAACAACCUCGUCUUUUCGUCGGAAUGAUUCUCAUUCUUAUCUUCUCCGAAGUACUUGGUCUAUACGGUAUGAUCGUUGCGCUGAUUCUUGGAACGUCAUAA